AUGUCGAUUAAUUUGGCGUCGAAAUUUUUGAAAUUACUACGACAUUUUCGACGAGAAGAUUUGGAAACAUUUGCUGAAGAACAUGACCGAUUAUACAGAGAAGCAGAAGCAAAAUCAGACUAUUCAAUGGUUACAGCGCAUUACUACUCCGUUAUGUCCACCGUUAUUGAUGAAUAUUUUAACGGAAGUUUUCAUUUUGCUCCACCUCGUCUCAGACAGCAAACACUCGCAGAUGCACUACAAGAACUUCAUGAACGAAUCGGUCAAUGCUUGAAACUUACUAAAGGCAAAAAGUGUGUAGAUAUUGGAUGUGGUAUAGGUGGUGUUAUGUAUGAUUUAGCCUUUACUGGGGCUGAUUUGACUGGUGUAACAAUAGCAGGAAACGAGGUGAUAAUUGGGAACAAACGUUUCCAAAAUGAAGGUCUCCAGAACUGCAGCAUCGUGCAGGGAAAUUAUUGCUGCCUACCACUGGUAGACAACCGUUAUGAUUGCGCAUAUGCGGUCUACGCACUGAAAUAUUUAGAAGAUUUAAAGCCAGCACUGCAAGAAGUAAAUCGAAUUUUGCGUCCGGGUGGUUUUUUCCUUGUUUAUGAUUUACUGAAAACUGAUAAAUAUCAUUCCUCCUCAAAGGAACAUAAAACAGUUAUUAAGAAUUUAGAGUAUGCUUGUGGAAUGCCUCCUUUACACACCAAGGAAGAAAUAAUCAAUGCAGCAAAACUUUAUGGCUUGGAACUGGCAGAAAAUAUCAAUCUUGACGAAGAAACUGGAAAUCCUUAUUACUUUUGCUUCUCCCAUUCUCCUUUGUUCAUGUGGCUUAUUAGUUCGACUUUGAUUGACUGGAUAAUUUCGAUUGCACAAGCGCUUCACAUUAUGCCUAAAGGAUUUCUUCGUUUUAAACGAGUAUUUCUGGCUGGUACAGUGAAUAGUAUUGUUCAUGCUGGAAAGCUGGGCAUACUCAGUGGCUCCGAAGUAUUGCUCUUUCGGAAAAUGAGUGAUUUUGAUAGGGAAAUUUAA